AUGAGCAGAAGCAAGCGUGACAGCAAUUUCUACAGUGUAGAGAUUGGAGAUUCUACUUUCACUGUACUGAAACGAUAUCAGAAUUUAAAACCUAUAGGAUCAGGGGCACAAGGAAUAGUAUGUGCAGCCUAUGAUGCCAUCCUGGAACGAAAUGUUGCGAUCAAGAAGCUAAGCCGGCCAUUUCAGAAUCAAACCCAUGCUAAACGAGCCUACAGAGAGCUUGUUCUCAUGAAGUGUGUAAAUCACAAAAAUAUAAUUGGCCUACUGAAUGUGUUCACACCACAGAAAUCCCUGGAAGAAUUUCAAGAUGUUUACAUAGUGAUGGAGCUCAUGGAUGCAAAUCUCUGCCAAGUGAUUCAGAUGGAGCUAGACCACGAACGAAUGUCGUACCUUCUUUAUCAGAUGCUGUGUGGUAUCAAGCAUCUUCACUCUGCUGGAAUUAUACAUAGGGAUUUAAAGCCCAGUAAUAUAGUAGUAAAAUCAGACUGCACUUUGAAGAUUCUUGACUUUGGACUGGCCAGAACUGCAGGAACUAGUUUUAUGAUGACGCCUUAUGUAGUGACUCGUUACUACAGAGCACCAGAGGUCAUCCUAGGGAUGGGAUACAAAGAAAACGUUGACAUUUGGUCAGUUGGGUGCAUCAUGGGAGAAAUGAUCAAAGGUGGUGUUUUAUUUCCUGGUACAGAUCAUAUUGAUCAGUGGAAUAAAGUUAUUGAGCAGCUAGGAACACCAUGCCCUGAAUUCAUGAAGAAAUUGCAGCCAACAGUGCGGACUUAUGUGGAGAACAGACCUAAAUAUGCUGGAUAUAGUUUUGAGAAACUCUUCCCAGAUGUACUUUUCCCAGCUGAUUCUGAGCACAACAAACUUAAAGCCAGUCAAGCAAGGGACUUGUUAUCAAAAAUGCUGGUUAUAGAUGCUUCUAAAAGAAUCUCUGUGGAUGAGGCUCUGCAGCACCCAUACAUCAAUGUCUGGUAUGAUCCAUCUGAAGCAGAAGCACCUCCACCAAAGAUACCAGACAAGCAGUUAGAUGAAAGAGAGCACACAAUAGAAGAAUGGAAAGAGUUGAUAUACAAGGAGGUCAUGGAUCUGGAGGAAAGGACCAAGAACGGGGUUAUACGUGGACAACCAGCCCCUUUAGGUGCAGCAAUGAUCAAUGGUUCUCAACAUCCGUCUUCAUCAUCAUCUGUCAAUGACGUGUCCUCAAUGUCAACAGAUCCAACAUUGGCCUCGGAUACUGACAGCAGUCUGGAAACAUCCGCUGGACCUCUGGGCUGCUGUAGAUGA